AGGUCUUUGCUCUCCAUCCAGAAACAGCACCGUCUCAACAUGGCGAAUAACAGCAUAGGCUAAUAACGGGCUAGUGUUUUCCCCUUCACAUCCUCCCGUAAAGCCUGAGGAAUAGUAUGCAGCAGCCGUUGAAAAUAUCCCAUAAAGAGUUUGAAUAAUGGAAACGCGGGGAAUAGAGCAGAUGUUCGACUUCCAGCGGUUACCGAAUGAUGGGUUCAUACUGCUGCUCUUGUUGUUGUACUCCCCUAUUGGCCUGUGUUUAAUGCUACUGCGAAUAUUUAUUGGUGUCCAUGUAUUUCUAGUGAGUUGUGCUCUUCCUGACAGUCUUGUCAGAAGGUUUAUCGUGAGAAUAAUGUGCUCGGUUUUGGGCCUGCAUGUCCGGCAGAACAGCCCACGCUUACGGGACAAAACCGCCCGGCUGUACGUCUGCAAUCAUGUUACACAUUUCGACCACAAUAUUAUUAACCUCCUGACGUCUUGUAACACGCCACUUUUGGAGGGCCCUGUGGGGUUCUUGUGCUGGGCGAGGGGUUUUAUGGAGCUGGGUCAGGGUAUGGGGAGCAGGACGGAGCUGACGGAGACCCUCCGAAGGUACUGCUCAUCUCCUGGAGCUUUACCUCUUCUGCUUUUCCCCGAGGAGGACACCACCAAUGGCCGGGCUGGCCUCCUUAAGUUCAGCUCUUGGCCUUUCUCUGUGUCUGACUCCAUCCAGCCUGUGGCAUUGCUGGUCAAGAGGCCUUUCAUAGCUGUGAACACACCAGAAUCGUCAUGGCUGAAGGAGCUGUUGUGGACCUUUUUUGUACCAUUCACAGUGUACCAUGUAAGAUGGCUUCCUCCAAUAACUAGAGAGGAUGGCGAAUCUCAUCAAGAAUUUGCCAGGAAAGUCCAAGAGCUUUUGGCGACUGAGCUGGGCGUGACCUCCACGCAAAUUACUAAAGCAGACAAAGCCGAACACAUCAAAAGAAGAAGACACACCGUCCCUCAAACUGCACACUCAAAUUUGGGUGCAAGACCCCGCACAGUGGCACAGGGUUUCUUGGGCACAAAUGCGGGGGCUGAAAAUUCACGUGUAAACCGAAUGGCACAGCAGGUGAAGGAGGUCCUACCUGAUGUCCCAAUCUCUGUAAUAACCAGAGACCUGUUGCAAACAAACUGUGUGGAUACAACCAUUACCAACCUGUUGGAGCACACUGACCAGUUUCACUCAGAAGCUGCUGCGGUAACAGCAUCAGUUUUAGCCAAACCAACAACUCCUUCACCACUAUUUGCAACAACCUCCCCAUCCACUCCACAGCCAGUUGACAAAUAUUUUGGGAAAACACCGGUAGAUAGACACAUGUCCCUACAGGAGAGAAAAGAUGCCUUAUAUGAAUAUGCAAGAAGACGAUACAUUGAAAAACAUGGACUGAAGAAAGAUGACGAUCUAUGACUGUGGACAAAUACACCUGAGGAUUUGUUUAGGAAAGACAGCUGCUUGACACAAAACCACACAGACAAAAAAAAGAAUUUAUAGCAUUGACUAUAGAAUAACAACAAGAUUGUUCAACAGACAUCCCGAGAGAAGACCAAAAGUUUUUCAUCAGACUGGAUUUUUCCUUUCUUGUUUUUUUCUUUGUAGAUCCUCUUUGCAUGGCAAUCAUGCAUGUCUUUUUUAUUAUUUCUCUCAGCAACAGAAAACAAGUUAUUUUGGUAAACAAUUUGUAUUAAGACCCAGUGACCUUGGCACACUUCAUAUUAUUUUUAUAAGGUCCAGGGUUAUAUGGUUUCAGAAAUAAACAGCAGUGAACUAAAAUACAUCUUGAGGUUUGUUAUGUUGUAAGGGCACGUGUUGGUUGCAAUAUCAGCUUUUAAAGACAUUAAAGAUCAUAUUGAAAUGCA